UUAUCCCUCAGCCUCUGAGACACGCUGGUUUGGUCAGACUUAUCGUCCUCUCUGGGUUUACUUCGGCCACAGAGGUCAAAGCUGCAGAAAUAAAAUUUGCAACAUAUCGUUUAUCGUUUUAAGAGCUGAUGUAAAGGGCAUAUUUGGACUACAGUUUAAGGAGUUUGCUGUUUUAAGGAGCUGCGCUGUGUUUUCAAAUUUGGGAAUUGGUUUUCUUUUUUCUUUUACAGUGAUGGAGUCAAACAUGUGCAUGAGGAACCCAGCUCUUCUGCAGAGGACAGGUUUAGUCAUUAGAGUGCUUCGCUUCAUCCAGGAAAAUGUCUGGCUCCUACGAUGAAUGUGCAGGUGGUGACGACACCAUGGACAGCUUCUGGGAGGUGGGGAACUACAAACGUGCUGUCAAGAGAUUCGAUGACGGCCAUCGGCUCUGCAAUGACCUUAUGGGCUGCUUGCAGGAACGUGCCAAGAUAGAGAAAGCCUAUGGUGAUCAGCUAACUGCCUGGUCCAAGAGAUGGAGACAGCUCAUUGAGAAAGGUCCACAGUAUGGCUCUGUGGAAAGGGCAUGGCUGGCUGUGAUGACAGAGGCGGAGAGAGCGAGUGAGCUACACCAAGAAGUGAAGAACAACCUCCUUAACGAAGAUGUUGAAAAAGUGAAGAACUGGCAGAAAGAAGCGUAUCAUAAGCAAAUGAUUGGAGGCUUCAAAGAGGCCAAGGAGGCAGAGGAAGGGUUCAAGAAGGCUCAGAAACCAUGGGCCAAAAAGCUCAAGGAGAUGGAGGCAGCUAAGAAAACAUACCACAUGGCCUGCAAGGAGGAGAAGCUGGCUGCAACCCGAGAGGCCAAUGGCAAGACUGAAGCUUCUGUCACACCAGACCAGCAGAAGAAACUCCACGAGAAAGUGGACAAAUGCAAACAGGAUACGCAGAAGGCUAAAGAAAAGUAUGAGAAGUCUCUGGAGGAGCUAAGCAAGUGCACGCCUCAGUACAUGGAGUGCAUGGAGCAGGUGUUUGACCAAUGCCAGCAGCAUGAAGUCAAAAGGCUGACCUUCCUUAAGGAAGCCUUGCUGGAUAUCAAACGCCAUCUUAACCUCACUGAGAACCAAAGCUAUGCCACAAUAUACAGAGAACUGGAGCGCACGAUCUUGGCUGCAAACACGCAGGAGGAUCUCAAGUGGUUCAGCAACAACCACGGCCCAGGAAUGCACAUGAACUGGCCCACAUUUGAGGAGUACAACCCAGACCAGGCUUCAGCUCCUCCGAAGAAGAAGAAACCAGACGGAGCCCCACCCACUCCUAGCACUGACCAUGUGGCUCCACCUGGUGACCGUAGCAGUGUGAGCAGCUAUGAGAAGAACCAAGCUUAUUCGACUGAGUGGUCUGAUGAUGAGCAGCCCGCUGCAUACUCAGGCAAUGAGAACGGUGGGAACGGCAAUUCAUUUGAAGAUGAUUCCAGCACUGGGAGAGGGGUACGUGUGCGUGCUCUCUAUGACUACGAUGGCCAGGAGCAGGAUGAGCUCUCCUUUAAAGCAGGCGAUGAACUGACUAAGACUGAGGAUGAAGAUGAGCAAGGCUGGUGUAGAGGUCGUUUGGACAACGGCAGAGAGGGACUGUACCCAGCCAAUUAUGUCGAGGCAAUCUAGUCACAUUACUGGACAAGGACAUGCCAUUGGAGGCAGCUUGAACUGUCCCGUCCAAUUGCACCGCACAUAGCCAGAGACUUAAGAGCAACACAUCCCUUGCCCAACAGAUGCGCCAAGCAGUUUUGCCUAAAUAAAACUUAGUAACCUAAAAGACAAUAUAUCAGUAUAAUAUAUUUUAUCCAGCAUUUGGGGUGGGCGAACUUACACAUUUAAAAACAGGAGCAGCAGUUAUUCCAGUAUAUACACACUCAACUAUAACAUCAAGACAGUGCAGGAACACAUUGCUUGUCUGUGUAGCUGUAUUUAACAAUAUAAUGCAGCUUAUUUAAACUGCAGUGAGUUCACUUGUGAAAAUGGGAAGAUAAUAUAAUCAGUUGUACCCAUUUGACAAAGAUGAGCUUCUCUAACCUGCAUUGUGUAUAUACAGUGUGAUGCCAUUUUGUGUAGCAUUUUUAAUGCUGUGUAUGGUCAGCCAUCAUUCUCACAUCAGGAAUGCUGUGUAGUUUUAAAAGUACCACUGACAGUAUCCUCUUUUUGGUUUUUUGUUUGUUUGUUUGUUUGUUUUUUCUUUGUGAUUUGGUCCAACCUCUUUUCCAGUGUGUGCAGUGCUACGUGUGUUAACUGUUUCUGAACUUGCAUAGCAGCAUGUGCUAUGCAACAACGUGCAUUCCCUGAAUCCUGCAGCCUUGUUUAGGCUCCAACCUGAUGCAACACUUCAACUACAAAUGCAGAGAUUACUUCUUAGCAUCACAAGCUUCUGGACAUGCACAUGCUUCUAAUUUCACAAGAGAAAGCUUGUUGAUGAACUGAUUUUAUGUUGGUUUGUUUUGCUUUCAACAUCCGUUUUUCUUAGAGUCACAAAUCCUUUGAGAAAACCAUCUUCAUGCAGAUCAUGGAAAGGAUUUACAAUUUUUCACAGAAGCUCUCAUCCUUGGUUCAGUAAUUCCUUACUAUAUCCCGCUACUGAUAACGAGAAAGACCCGCGAUGCAUUCCCUCAGAGUGAAGGCGGAUCAAGUCAUCAUGAGGUUUCCUUCAGUUUCAGAGGAGGGUUUUGAACAGUGCAUAUGCUGGGGACUUUCUUCCAGAGUGAAGGGCCAGUGGAGGCAUCUCAGUGUGUUACUGUGCUACAGACUGUUGUCUGAAGAUUGAAGCCUCUCCAACAGGACAUGAAUGUACUAGUGUUUGGGCUUGAAAGAGGGCGUGUCGUAUAAGCAUUGUUCUCCACUGUCAUUUAAAGCCUUGCCUAGCAAAAAGCACUAGUUAUGUGGCCCGUUUUACUGCUGAGCCAAAGAACGACCCAAUACCAUCAACUAUCUGUUUUCACUCCGUGCAAUAAUUUACCAUAUCAGUGUGAAGCAGCUUCACUGAAGAUCAACUUGUAGUUGCUUCACAGUCCAUCAAAAUUCAGUUGUCAAAAAAAACCAAACAUGUUACAAAAUACUGGGAAUACAUAUCACAAGUACUGCACUGCAUGCAGGAUGACUUACAGGGUGCAUUACAUGGUUAUUUUUGAAAUCUUGCACCAUUUAAAUUAAAAUCAUAGCAGGAAUUGCAUUUAUCAAAUGUGGAUUAGUGAGUUAUCCUGCUACCAGUUGCACCUAAAUCUGAUUAGAUUGGAGAUUGCUAUUUAUAACUUAGUUUAAAUGUCACCAGACUAACAGCAGUCAGAUGUGUUUAGCUUUGUGUCUGGAACAGGAUUUGACAGGUUUUGGGUCUCACACAUGAGGAGAAACACAUCACCAGCUCACAAGUUGUGUCUUAGAGUAAAGCUGUCCAGCAUAGCAAAAAGGACUCCUGUCAUAAAAAUGUCAUACAUCCUCGAUGCACAUGCGCACACACUUCCACACACGUGCAAACACACAUGCAUUAAGCAGGAUAUACAUACACAAUACACACAGGUUCAAAUGCAUAAUCCACAUUAUCAGGUUAAUAUUCUGAGGGAAAACAUCUCCAUCACCCAGUGUGUAUGAGUUGUGUAAAUGUAACAAAAAAACCACAAAAAAAAUGCAAGUGAUUGACUAUUAAGACAAAAUGUAGUGUUAUACAUGUAAAUGU